AAUCCUCUAAGGAGUGCACACGGACAUAUCAAGUGCCAUCGUGAAAUUAUUUCCGCAUUGUGAUCGCGUUCGAUACGAGUGAAGUGAAUAGCUAUAGCGUUUCGAGGUGUUACAAUUUUUUUCGAGCAGAUUUUCGCAGUGUUACCAUGAUGCUUUAUUACGCUUGCAUCAUAUCAGUUUGCGCCGUAGCAGUCGUAGCCUUACCGAGUGCAGAUGGCAGAUGGCAUCCCAAUAAAUUUGGCGACAAUGGAAAAUACAUUCCGUCAAACGAAGGUAAAUACGUCCAUGUACCAAAUCCCUACAUCCAUAUCAACAAUCCUUACGAUGGUGGUUACGGACCCUACACACAUGAUUACGAGCCCUACGUCGGGGAGGCUACAGUAGAUCAGUACAGACAUGUGCUUACACCACCUGAUGAGUUGCUGCCCUAUUACAAAGAAGGAUAUUACAGGAAUAACGGUAUCAAGAUUAUCAGACAGAAUCACAACUACAAUGAAGAUAAAUACGACUUCGAUUUCGAGACAGAAAACAAGAUUCGAGCUGAAGAGAAGGCUGUUUUGAAGAACCCUAACACGAUUGACGAGGGUAUAGCUUCAAAAGGCUUCUACGAAUACAUCGGACCUGACGGUUUCAUGUACAGAGUGGAGUAUACUGCUGACGAAAAUGGAUUCCGUCCAAAAGUGAAGAGGCUAGAGACGCAAUACUCUGGGAAAUGGGUUUUAGAGAAGGUCAAUUAGAAAUAUAAGCCACCAUCAUCCUCAUUAAAGCAGUAUUUUUCAAGUAGUCGAUAUGUCUUCAGAAUCAAGUUUGGCUACCAAUAAGUACAACUUCCAUUACAUGGAUGCAAAUUAUUAUUUUAUGAUACACAGUAAUAUUUUUUAUUUUUGAUAUUACAAAAAUGCGUUUAAUGGUUCUGAGUUAGAAAGUUUAGAUGUAACAUUGAUCAUUAAGAAACAAAAAUGUGUCGGCUUAGAUAAUUUCUAAUUUAUGUUAUAGAGUUAAGAAUUUAGAUACUUAUUUAUGA